AUUCUAAUAAGACAAGGAAGCCGCUCCGAUUCCGUCGAACAGGAGGAAGCGAGAAAGACACGGAUUGCCAUCUUGGGUGGAAGAAGAGUGUUUACACGUCAGUCGGUUUGGUUUCACAGUGAGCGAAAAAUUUUAAUUUCACCGAUUGUCUGGAAGGUUUUUUCUACGGAAUUACUACCUGGUGAUAGCUGGAGAAUACCCUGAUUAUUUUGUUGAAGUUAGAAGUGGAGCCGCUGUGAAGGCAUUUAAGCGAGAGCGAUGAAUAUUUUUCGAUUGGCCGGUGAUUUGUCACAUCUAUUAGCUAUUAUCUUGCUGCUGAUAAAGAUAUGGAAGACGAGGUCGUGCGCCGGAAUAUCCGGCAAAUCGCAGAUUCUGUUCACUGUGGUGUACAUAAGUCGUUACCUGGAUCUGGUGACAACGUUCAUCAGUGUUUAUAACACGACAAUGAAACUGGUCUUCAUCAGCUCUUCGGUCGCAACGAUCUAUUUGAUGUAUGCGAAAUUUAAGGCCACAUACGACCAUAAUCACGAUUCGUUCCGCAUCGAGUUUCUGCUGGUUCCCUGUUUCAUUCUGGCGCUGCUGAUUAACGCGAGCUUCACACCGCUGGAAGUGCUGUGGACUUUUUCGAUCUACUUGGAAGCGGUGGCCAUUUUGCCGCAAUUGUUCCUCGUCAGCAAAACAGGCGAGGCGGAGAGUAUCACCAGCCACUAUCUGUUCGCGUUGGGUUCCUACCGUGCUUUGUAUCUGCUCAACUGGAUCUACCGAUACUACGCCGAGGGACACUACGACUUGAUUGCUAUUUUUGCCGGAGCCAUUCAGACGAUCUUGUACUGCGAUUUCUUCUACCUCUACAUUACCAAGGUAUUAAAGGGAAAGAAGCUCCAGCUUCCUGCGUAAGGAGACCCUCGGGAGGUAGGAGAAAGACUUAUCUCUUAGAUUUAUUUAAGUUACUCCAAAAACUUGAUAAUAAAAGCAGCAUUCAAGAGAAGGCAUUAGCGUUUACAUUGAAGGGUAGAUGAUCAGAGCAGAAUGCUGAUAAAAAUUAAACAAGGAAAACCGAUACAUUAGUAGUUUUUAAUGUAAGUAUCAAAAAAUGUAGGUCAGAAGUUCAGACAUCAUUGAAAUGAUCCGUGUGUGUUUGUAGCAAAAUCACAAUCUCCGUCUCCGGUCGAUUGAAAACAUAAAAUAACAGAAAUGAACCGCCGCAACACGGGGAGCAUUAAACUAAUAACAUUUGUGAAUAUUGCAAUACCAAUUACCGCAUGUUGGUUAACCACUUUUCGGCUUAUUCAGCGAGCCUUUGAUCCCUAUCUUCGAUUCAUCUAACUGAUGCGAACGUAUCUUUUGAGAAACAACCAUGUUGGCACUAGCUUAUAAAAUUUUCAAAUGUUUCAACUUGUGAUUCAAGUUUAAACGGAAGGUGAACUUUAGUGUUUUUGUUUGUCUGUACUGCUGCAGUCGAGUAUGCUAUUACCGACUUUCCCGUAAAGACCCUCCGGUAUAAAACAGUGAGCAUGAAUAUGUCUGCAAAUAUAUGGUUUGAAUCCCUCUUGUUGCACAAAAUACAUAGGGCAAAAACAAAGGACAAGCAAAUUCUCAGUGUCACUGUUAUAUAUUUAUUCCCACCAUUCCUGUUUUCGAUUCGUGUCAUUGACUUUAACAGAGUCAAAGCGUUUAUGUUUUCCGUUUCCAUGAAACUAACGAGAACACUUUCCUAUGUUUGUUCCAUCUCAACCGAAAAAAAUAAAUUUUGUGGGCUAUUUUAAUUAAUAUAUUUCGCAUUCUCCUGUUUCAUUAAAAAUGUAAUAUUUUAUUGCUAUUGUAAUUCGUAAAAGAAAUAAUGGAUAUAAGAUAAUACGAAUAAAGUAUGGAAACAAA